AAGAAAAGUAGAGAAUUGGAUCCUGCAAUGGAUUGCUUGAUAAAUGCCCAUCUCCGGGAUACAAUCCAGUGUCGAUGCAGAGUAUUUUGUGUUCACUUUGACGAAAUAUCUGCCAUGUAUGGAGAUUCCAACCUCUGUGACUAUGGUCUUAGCCUUGUGAUGCUUGACUCCGUACUUGAUUGCAUCGUGGACUGUGCGCAACAUAAAAAAUUUGUUACCAUUCAAGACCUCCACAAAGAGACAUGGUGGUCUGGUUCUGACGAGUUUGGUGGUGAUAUCAUUGCCAUUGUACACUGUCUCUUCCCAGUCCCUACCUCCACACCAGUUACUCACUUUGGCUCCUCUCCA